UCCCCUCCGCGGUCCCCGCCGCCCGCGUACGGGGUGACGCAGCGCCGCCUCCCGCCGCCCGCCGCCCGCCGCCCGGGCCACUGCAGGGGCCGCUAACGGUCCGGCUCCUCUCGGCGUCCGCGCGCCCCCAGCCUGGCGGACGAGCCCGGCGGCGGAGAUGGGGGCGACGGGGGCGGCGGAGCCGCUGCAAUCCGUGCUGUGGGUGAAGCAGCAGCGCUGCGCCGUGAGCCUGGAGCCCGCGCGGGCUCUGCUGCGCUGGUGGCGGAGCCCGGGGCCCGGAGCCGGCGCCCCCGGCGCGGAUGCCUGCUGUGUGCCUGUAUCUGAGAUCAUCGCCGUUGAGGAAACAGACGUUCACGGGAAACAUCAAGGCAGUGGAAAAUGGCAGAAAAUGGAAAAGCCUUACGCUUUUACAGUUCACUGUGUAAAGAGAGCACGACGGCACCGCUGGAAGUGGGCACAGGUGACUUUCUGGUGUCCAGAGGAGCAGCUGUGUCACUUGUGGCUGCAGACCCUGCGGGAGAUGCUGGAGAAGCUGACGUCCAGACCAAAGCAUUUACUGGUAUUUAUCAACCCGUUUGGAGGAAAAGGACAAGGCAAGCGGAUAUAUGAAAGAAAAGUGGCACCACUGUUCACCUUAGCCUCCAUCACCACUGACAUCAUCGUUACUGAACAUGCUAAUCAGGCCAAGGAGACUCUGUAUGAGAUUAACAUAGACAAAUACGACGGCAUCGUCUCUGUCGGCGGAGACGGCAUGUUCAGCGAGGUGCUGCACGGUCUGAUUGGGAGGACGCAGAGGAGCGCCGGGGUCGACCAGAACCACCCCCGGGCUGUGCUGGUCCCCAGUAGCCUCCGGAUUGGAAUCAUUCCCGCAGGGUCAACGGACUGCGUGUGUUACUCCACCGUGGGCACCAGUGACGCAGAAACCUCGGCGCUGCAUAUCGUUGUUGGGGACUCGCUGGCCAUGGAUGUGUCCUCAGUCCACCACAACAGCACACUCCUCCGCUACUCCGUGUCCCUGCUGGGCUACGGCUUCUACGGGGACAUCAUCAAGGACAGUGAGAAGAAACGGUGGUUGGGUCUUGCCAGAUACGACUUUUCAGGUUUAAAGACCUUCCUCUCCCACCACUGCUAUGAAGGGACAGUGUCCUUCCUCCCUGCACAACACACGGUGGGAUCUCCAAGGGACAGGAAGCCCUGCCGGGCAGGAUGCUUUGUUUGCAGGCAAAGCAAGCAGCAGCUGGAGGAGGAGCAGAAGAAAGCACUGUAUGGUUUGGAAGCUGCGGAGGACGUAGAGGAGUGGCAAGUCGUCUGUGGGAAGUUUCUGGCCAUCAAUGCCACAAACAUGUCCUGUGCUUGUCGCCGGAGCCCCAGGGGCCUCUCCCCGGCUGCCCACUUGGGAGAUGGGUCUUCUGACCUCAUCCUCAUCCGGAAAUGCUCCAGGUUCAAUUUUCUGAGAUUUCUCAUCAGGCACACCAACCAGCAGGACCAGUUUGACUUCACUUUUGUUGAAGUUUAUCGCGUCAAGAAAUUCCAGUUUACGUCGAAGCACAUGGAGGAUGAGGACAGCGACCUCAAGGAGGGGGGGAAGAAGCGCUUUGGGCACAUUUGCAGCAGCCACCCCUCCUGCUGCUGCACUGUCUCCAACAGCUCCUGGAACUGCGACGGGGAGGUCCUGCACAGCCCUGCCAUCGAGGUCAGAGUCCACUGCCAGCUGGUUCGACUCUUUGCACGAGGAAUUGAAGAGAAUCCGAAGCCAGACUCACACAGCUGAGAAGCCGGCGUCCUGCUCUCGAACUGGGAAAGUGUGAAAACUAUUUAAGAUAAUUAUUACAGACCAAUUAUGUUGAUAUAUACAUUUAAAUGUAGAAAUUUAUUUUUGAUAGUUAAAUCUUGAUUUUAGAAGAAAACCCUUUUGUCAACAAUUUUGUGUACAUAUUUGGCAUUUUCAGUUCUGUACGCAUCUGCGGGUUGCAGCCCACGCCGCUUACUCUCAGCGGAUGCAGCUGCUCACUUGGGGGCACUGGCCUCUUAGGUUUUAACAAUGUCAACAGUGUAGUUUAGAAAAUGGCCCGUUAGUGGCUCUAUUGCAAUAAUGUUAGGGACAUUAUAUGAUUUCCACGCAGGUCACACCAUCUGGGCCUGAGGUAGCAGUGGGUCACUUUGAUCCACUUUGCAGGACUUAUUCUGUAACGGUUUGUGGCCAAGUUUUGGGAAGUGGUUGAUUCUCUUUGCCUUCAUUUCACCUUCCUCUUCGUUUACGGUUAGGACAUCGCUGCUUGAUCCUUACAAUACUGUGCAACUGCAAUGCAACGUGGCCCUGCUUCAGGUGGUCCGCGGGAGGGGCCUCCACGCCAGCGCUGGGAAGGCUGCUGGGGCCUCCACACCUGCCUCAUCACGGCGGCGAGGCUACGACAAUCCGGCUGGGAGCAUGACCUUGGCGUCUGUUCUGGGAGCACAGAUGAUAAGCUCUGGAAGCUGGCAGUGUGUAAAGCACUGGCAAGUUUGUUAGUGUUAAAAUGUCAAAUACCAAUGCUUUAUAUCGACGCGAAGUGCUUAACACAGCCGGGCUUGGGGGCAGUCAGGAGGAAGCUGGCCAUCCGUGGAGGAGGGGCCGUUCCUGGCCUCCGGCAGGAUUCCUCUGAUGCAGGCCCUGAAGUCUGUACACGUGGUCCAGAUUUGUCCUUGUCUUUUCUUCACACUGAGUUCUCUAUAUUUAUUGAACAUCUUGUCCUUUUAAGCCAGAGUAGUGUAAACUGCGUCUCGGAUGUCUGUCUUUUGUCUCGAAGCCACGAUGGAUCGCUGGUUUCCUCUGCAGCGCGAGGGCUCCGGCGACCAGAGGAUUCUUCCCGGAAGGCAUUCCUGCCGCGCUCCCCGGGGCACCCCUCAAUUGUGUACUACGUCCUUGUUUAGUGUGUAUCCGUGCCCACGUAGAUGAUGUCUGUGACGUAGUUUUGUUUGAAAUAUGAGAAAAUGCGGCUUAAACUUUGAUCUGUAAGGAGCGGGGCCGUGGCCGUUCGGAGCACGCUGUAGACACCGUUCCUCAUGCUGCCGGGUGGGUUUUGCAGAAGCUCCCUUAGUGAUUUCACGUUGAACAGGCAGCAUCCAUUUUCAGAAUUUCCUGGCAUUGAUUUAUAUUUUGAAGCAUACAGGAAACUUCUCGUUUCCUCGUUUAGCCCCACCCAGAUCAGGUGAAAGGGCAGCUUUAAUGGUGGUUUUUAUGGACCACAUUAUCAGAGAGCACUGUGCAAGCCAAAUGGUUCAAUAAUGAAUGAAAAUUCUGGGUGUAAAGAGUAAAUAUGCCCUGGCUCUUUCUACCAAUGUUUGCUCCUGGUUGGAAAGAAACCAAAGAUUUAAGACGGGCUGCUCUUCCAGACUGGCUGUGCCUGCCUGUGCCCAGCAACCUGUGCAGCCGGCAGUGUGCCUGGUGUCACGCCAGGAGGCUGUGGCUGCUGUGGGCCCUCUGGAAUUGUGCUCCUCACAAAGUUUCCCCAAAAGGUUCUUCUAAGCCUUUAUUGUCCCUGGUAAAUGUUUCCCGGCUGGACGCGGUGGCUCACGCCUGUAAUCCCAGCACUUUGGGAGGCCGAGGCGGGUGGAUCACCUAAGGUCAGGAGUUUGAGAUCAGCCUGCCCAACAUGGUGAAACCUCGUCUCUACUAAAAAUACAAAACUUAGCCAGUCUUGUUGGCGCACGCCUGUAAUCUCAGCUACUAGGGACGCUGAGGCAGGAGAAUCGCUUGAACCCAAGAGGUGGAGGUUGCGGUGAGCCAAGAUUGCGCCACUGCACUCCAGCCUGGGCAACAGAGGGAGACUCCAUCGCCCCCCUCAACAAAAAAAAAAGUUUCCCAUACACUGGCCUGCCCCAAAACCCACUAACAAUUUUAGCAUAACAGUCCAGGCCAAAGAGGAAGCAUUUCAUGUUCAAUAAGAAACCCAGCCAUUCCGCAUGGCUGGUUCCUGAGUGGCUCUGGUGAUACUCGCCAGCCACCUGCUGACAUUCAGAAUCUCAGACCUCGGGACUGCUGUUGCGGUACCGUGUGUCUGACACCCGCCAGCAGCCCUUUGCUAUCUGCGCGCAGGAUGGGGGUGACUGCCCAGACAUUCCCGCUAGAUAGGCUCUGAUUUCCGGGGCAGCCUUUCAGAUGCGGCAGACAUACAACACCUGUACUUUAGAGUUUUAAGGAAAAAAAAAUCAGAAGUGCUGGUUAGAUAGUAAAAACUUAGGAUAACUUAGAAAGGCUAGUUUUAGCUUCCUUUGUGGCUCCCUGGUGCAAAACAAUUAGCAGUUAUGCAAUGGACCUGAUUCUAGUUUAUUCUAAUUAAGAAGUGAGGCCGGGUUUGACUUCGUUCCUGAAUACAAUCUUGAGUAACUGGGAAAGUCUGAGUGAAAGGAUGGCCUCAUUCUCUUUCUAAUCUUGCUGGUUUCAAGAUUAGAAAAUGGCAUUAUUUGAUCUGAAAUGUUUGAGAAGACACAAAUAAAGUUACUUGGGCAGA